UGGAGAAAUAACUAUUAACUUUCACAUUGGAGAUAACCAUACUAGUGUCAACCCUGUAACUGACAAUGAAAACUUGAAUGAUGCUUACAAACUUGCAACUGAUGAUGAAGAGCUAUAUGCAGAUCUUGAUGAUGCUCCAUUUGAUGUAAGCACUUUGGACAAUAAUGACAUUGAUUUUAACUGCUCUGCUACAGAUGAUGGAAAAGCAUUUGAUCCUGAUGUAACACAUCUAAAAACGAGAUUCAAUAACAGUUCUUCCUCAGUUGAGCUCAAUAAAGAUGAUGAAAAGCAUUCCAAUGGGUUCUGCUCUUUACCAAUCUACAAAAGACCACAACCACCUAUUCCAAAUGAAGAUGAUGUGUAUGAGAACAUAAGUCCUAAGCCACUUACUAAAGAAGAAGUUAUUGAGGACAGUCGUAAAAAAAUGUAUGCUGCGCUGGAAGAAACUAAGGAUUGGAAAAUGGGCGGACCCAGACCAGCAUCAUGGCCAAAACUCACGCCCAAGGAAAAUAUCUGUAAGGCUUUCCCUAAAAUCUAUGCUGCACAAGAAGCACAUAGACAAAGAAAGAAGGAUGAAAGACGACCAUUUUUAAUGAAAAAAUGGAAAUCAAUUAAGAACUUGAUCUUAAGUAAGGGAAAGCCAUAAGAAGAAAGUGUGGUAAACAACUUAUACAUUGAUUUAUGUAUUUGAAUAAUGUUGACAUGGGGAACUCCCUUAUUGAACUGCAAUCACCAAAAUCCUCUAGCAAAUUGGGAUUCCCAUGAACAAUAGGACUGGAGUGAAGAUGUCAUUGUAUUUUGAAGGAGAUUAUUUGCUGUAGAUUCUGAUAGAUUGACAUGAGACUUCUCACUUCUGGGGAACCCAUGUGAGGAUAUAUUGUAUUCAUCAUAUGUUCAUAUAAACAUAAAUAUAUAAGACCAUAAUCAAGCAUAAAGAUAUAAGGAUCAUUUUCCACCAUUGUUCGACUGGAUGAUGAACUAUCUGUAAAUAUUUUCAACAUUAUUUUUUCCAAGCCAUUGGAACAUUCAUUGAAACUGCUGUGGAAGAACUCAAUUUUAGGGGCUCAAAGUUGCAAUUAGCAAUUACUCAAAUAAAAACUCAAUUAUUAUGGUCCUCAGAAGAAGUGGUAACAUAUUCUUAUGGCCUCCAACUUGUUUUUGACAAUGUUUGGCAUCAGCAUUUAGUGUCUGUUACACUUUUAUAACCAUCUGCAAUAACUAUAAUGGAGUAAUGAUCAAAUUCUUACUUGAAUUCUUAUAUAAAUAAAGUUUCAACAGAUUUUUGGCAAUAUAUGUUAACAAUCACUCAAAAUAUAUAUAAACUUUUACUCAAAAUUUUACUGACCAUACAAAUGAAACAACAUUUCAUGUUAUAUUUUUCUAUUUUAUAGAUGUCAGGCAAGGAUUUUAGAGCCAACAAAAAGUUCUAAAAAGCAAGUCCAAUGUCCUGUUUAUGAACCCCUA